AUGCCCGGAAUCCCACAAUUCUACAAGGAAAACCACACACAUCAAACAUUGGAGCAUGUUCUGGCCAUGAAACAGAGAUACGGUCGGUUGGAUAACGCAUGGAUGGGUGUCUGGGAGGCGCUUGAACUAAUGGAUGGGCUCGUCGACAGUGCUGAUCCAGACGUAAAAACCACUCAAGCGGUACAUGCGCUCCAGACAGCAGAAACAGUGAGAAGAGAUGGGCAGCCGGACUGGUUUAUCUUGACCGCACUGAUUCAUGAUCUCGGUAAAAUACUGUAUUUUAUGGGAGAGUCACAGUGGACCGUGGUGGGCGAUACUUUCCCAGUAGGAUGUAGGUAUGCCGAGAAAAUUGUUUACCGAGAAUUCUUUGCCAACAAUCCAGACUUUUACGACUCGCUAUACUCUUCUGCACAUGGUAUCUAUACUCCACACUGCGGACUACGCAAUGUCCAUCUAAGCUUCGGCCACGACGAGUACAUGUACAUGGUUUGCAAGAAUUACUUGCCACCCGAAGCCCUGGCCAUCAUACGCUAUCACUCGUUCUAUUCGUGGCAUACUGAAGGAGAGUAUGCUUGGCUCAUGGAUGACCACGAUGUUGAAAUGUUAAAGUGGGUCAAACAAUUCAACAAGUAUGAUCUUGGAUCGAACCUAGUAGAGGAUCCACCGGACCUUGAGUCCCUUAAACCAUUUUACACAGAUUUAAUAGCUAAAUUUUUCCCUCCUAAAAUACGCUGGUGA